GGUACACGGCAAUUGGUGAUAGCGGGGCAGUUCAGCUUAUCAUUGAACGGCUGAUUGGCCAAUUUCAACCAGGAUCUCGUUUUUGUGGCUGUCUGACAGCAGGAAAGAAUAUCUUUCCCCUGAUUACGAUGCAACCUGGCUUUCUAAACGUUUCCCGAGCAUCCACAAUCUUCAGUUUUCAGGAGUUGUAAGUAUAACAAACCCCAUUGGCCAAGAUGUGGCUUCUUGGGCUUCAGGAUGACGGCGCCUCGCUCCUCACGCGCCUCCUCCGCUUCUCAGGCGUGAUACUGGUCGCGUUACUCGUCCACGCCUUUCGCAAAGGUUAUCGAGUUCGCAAGAAGUUCCAGGCCCUCAAGGAUCAGGGAAUUCCCAUUAUGAAACAUUCUAUGAUUCUCGGCCACCUUGAAGUCAUUGGGAAACUUGUCUCAACACUUCCAUCUGAUGCUCACGGCGAUUACCUGAUGCUGAAGAUUCAAGAGAACUGGCGGGAACUCUUCCCUCAAUGCACAAAAUGUCCACCUGUUGCUUACAUCGAUACUUGGCCCUUCACAGCGCCGAUGGUUAUCUCUCUCAACGCACAUGUUUCGGCUCAGUUCACACAAGAACACUCACUACCCAAGGCUUAUGAACAGAAGCAUGUUCUCUAUCCCCUCACAAAGAACCGCGAUUUGGCCUCCAUGGAGGGCCCGGAGUGGAAGGUCUGGCGUAAAAGACUGAGCCCAGCAUUCAGCAUUCAAAAUAUCAACAGUCGUUUACCAGACAUUCUGGAAGAGGUGGAGGACUUUGCCAAUGUUCUCAAGAGCAAAGCAGGAAAAAACGGAGAAUGGGGCGAGGUCUUCCCACUUGGAGAUGCCACUGCCAAUCUCACUCUCGACGUUAUCAUUCGUCUCUUUCUGUAAGUUCCACUGUGUCUCGAAAGACUUGCCGACGUCAAGUCCUGGGAUAUCAAUAACGUCACAAAGGAACAUUCGAUUUCACGAGCAGUGGGGAAAAAGCUCGCCUGUUUGUGCCGCCCUCCUUGACACCAUUUCUAGGAUGUACUUCUUCGUCAAUCCCGCCAACUUCAUCCAAUACUGCAAUCCGUGGCGCCAUUUCAAACUCUGGCAGAACUACAGAACUCUUGUCAAAAGCUUCACUCCGGUUCUUCAAGAGCGCAUGAAUAAGCUUCAGCAGGAUCGCACAGCAAAGGGAAAGACACUGGUUGAUCUAAUCGUACAAGCUCUCGAUGCCGAGAGAGCUGAACAGAAAGGAGCGGGACAGGACGACAAGGACCAACUGAACAUGGAGCUUGACGCUGACUUUCUGGAGAUGGCCAUUGGGCAGAUCAAUACUUUCCUCUUCGCAGGUUUUGAUACCAGUGCUGCAACUAUUGCUUGGCUGUUCCGCCUGCUCAGCGAAUAUCCAGAUGUUUUGGCCAAAUUGCGAGAGGAGCAUGAUGCAGUCCUUGGCCCAAAUGCCUGGGGUGUUGCUGGUGUGAUAAGGGAGAACCCACAGCUGCUGAACCAGCUCCCUUACACACUAGCUGUCCUUCGUGAAUCUAUGCGUUAUCAUACCAACGUCGGUUCAAUGCGUCGUGGCGAGCCCGGGUUCUUCCUCGUGGGUCCGCCGGGCUCCGAUCCUGGAUUUGAAGGGAAGAAGCUGCCAACCGAGGACUUCAUUGUCUGGGACGGGACAUAUGCAAUCCAUCGCGACCCUGAGAUCUGGCAUAGAGCCUGGGAGUUCCUUCCAGAACGUUUUCUUGUCACUGAUCCGGAGGAUCCCUUGUACCCGCCACCCAACGGCUGGCGUUCAUUCGAGGCCGGGCCACGGGUUUGCAUUGGGCAACAUCUUGCCACCCUCGAGAUGAAACUAGCCAUGGUACUGGUAGCGAGAUGCUUCGAUAUCGAGUGUGCGUGGGAAGAAUGGGACCAGAUCAAUGGAACGACAAACUCUGAAAAGGCACGGCCGACUGUCUGGGAUGAUCGUUGCUAUCAAGUUGGAACUGACUCGCCGCCACGAGUCAAGGAUGGUAUGCCUGUGCAUGUCAGAACGCGUGGACUGUAGAGUUGAGCCGGCGUUGAGAAAAGUGAUAACAACCGAGCGAGCAAGAGGCUGUUGUGCAUAGUAGUCGAUGGGGGCUAAGCCAGACCGGUGGGUGUUGCUAGCAAAAGACUCAAUUGAGCAUUCGUGAACCCAGCAACCUGGACUGGGCUACAUAGGAGCGACAAUCGCAACGUAGCUCUACAUCGGGUCCUACAUCCUUGAAUUAAUCUAGUGUAUGGUGUGGUGGCCUUCCUUACUCCUUAUUUGGCCAGACCCCCU